AUGGCCGCCGCCACAACAGACCAAGGAAGCGAAGCUCCAGACUCGGAGCUGGGCUCCGAGGACUACGAAACGGAGGAUGAAGUAGACGCCAAAAAUGCUGCCGACGAAAAUGAGGGAGAGUCAUUCGUCUCCGCCUCCGAGCAUGAAGAAACCCCCGACAACACCGAUGAGACAGCAGGCACUGCACCUCAAGACAGCCUACAUUCAUCCGAACCAUCCAGCCAUGCACCGACCGGCCCUCGCCGAAUGCUACCCAUGCACACAGAACCCAGCAACACACCAACAGGCCCACGACGGAUGUCACCAGUGGCCCCCGACCCCUGCCUCGCGCCCUGUCGAGCCAAAAAUUUCCCUGAAGUACGAAAGUUCCUCACCCUCAUGGAAUCCCAUUUCGCCGAACACCCAGCCUACUACAAUGAUGACCGAAAGGUGAACACCGCAAAGCGUUCCUUGGUGCCUGCCUUACAAGCUAAGUGGGUCGCGCAUGCCAAACAGCUCCGCAGAGUGACCUGGUUCGACAUGUGCGCAUUCCUUGCCGGAGUUGGAGGCCAAUCCUGUCCCAAAGAGACUGCCAUCAAACUGUUUCACGAGUCAACACAGCGCAAAUACCAAACCGUGACGGAAUUUGCUAUCUGGCUCGAGCAAUACACGCCUUGUGUCUCGCUUAGCGACUAUGAUCGGCUCUGCCAUCUUGUGGAUAGUAUCCUUCCGUCUAUCAGGAAGAGGGUGGGCGAGAAGUGGAUGGACUAUGAUGAUAUUCCUUCGUUCGUUGCAUUUUUGCAAGAGGUUGAAUUUUCCACGCCUGGUCGUGAAAAGGUGACCAAGAAGAAGUUGGCGUGA